CAGCGCUGUCAGGUCCCAGAGACUGUUCGGCUGAGCCGGCAGCAUGUGGAACGCGACGCCCAGCGAAGAGCCGGGGCUCAACCUCACGCUGGCGGACCUGGACUGGAAUGCAGCCCCCGGCAACGACUCUCUGGGCUACGAGCUGCUGCCGCCCUUCACUGCGCCGCUGCUGGCGGGCGUCACAGCCACCUGCGUGGCGCUCUUCGUGGUGGGCAUCGCUGGUAACCUGCUCACCAUGCUGGUGGUGUCGCGCUUCCGCGAGCUGCGCACCACCACCAACCUCUACCUGUCCAGCAUGGCCUUCUCCGACCUGCUCAUCUUCCUCUGCAUGCCCCUGGACCUCGUUCGCCUCUGGCAGUACCGGCCCUGGAACUUCGGCGACCUGCUUUGCAAACUCUUCCAAUUCGUCAGCGAGAGCUGCACCUACGCCACGGUGCUCACCAUCACAGCGCUGAGCGUCGAGCGCUACUUCGCCAUCUGCUUCCCGCUGCGGGCCAAGGUGGUGGUCACCAAGGGCCGGGUGAAGCUGGUCAUCCUCGUCAUCUGGGCCGUGGCCUUCUGCAGCGCUGGGCCCAUCUUCGUGCUAGUCGGGGUGGAGCAUGAGAACGGGACCGACCCUUGGGACACCAACGAGUGCCGCCCCACCGAGUUCGCGGUGCGCUCUGGACUGCUCACGGUCAUGGUGUGGGUGUCCAGCGUCUUCUUCUUCCUUCCUGUCUUCUGUCUCACGGUCCUCUACAGUCUCAUCGGCAGGAAGCUGUGGCGGAGGAAGCGCGGCGAUGCUGCCGUGGGCGCCUCGCUCAAGGACCAGAACCACAAGCAAACCGUGAAAAUGCUGGCUGUAGUGGUGUUUGCUUUCAUCCUCUGCUGGCUGCCCUUCCACGUAGGGCGAUAUUUAUUUUCCAAAUCCUUUGAGCCUGGCUCCUUGGAGAUUGCUCAGAUCAGCCAGUAUUGCAACCUCGUGUCCUUUGUCCUCUUCUACCUCAGCGCUGCCAUCAACCCUAUUCUGUACAACAUCAUGUCCAAGAAGUACCGGGUGGCGGUGUUCAGACUUCUGGGAUUCGAACCCUUCUCCCAGAGAAAGCUCUCCACUCUGAAGGAUGAAAGUUCUCGGGCCUGGACAGAAUCUAGUAUUAAUACAUGACCUAGCACAUUGCUGAUUACAGUCACUGCUUAUUCUAAACCGGAAGCCAUAGCAGAGCAGAAUUUGGGAGGAAGCUGAAGGUUAAUUUUGGAAUUAGGAACAUGUAGAUCCUGAAACAACUGGGAGGGAAAAAAGACAUCAUUUGUAGGGUGUGAGCAGUUUGAUUUGAUUGCACACUUAUUAGUGCUCUCAUACACUAUUUCUGCAUAUUCACUGCCUAUGAUUUUUCAUUCUGCUGUGGGUGCUGGUGAGGGCUUUGCAAUUCAGAGAAAGGAGGAAGUGCAGAGUGAGCAAUUAGGGCACUUCAAGGUGGGUAAAGACAAAUUUGCUUUGCUUUUUCAUAAUGAUCAAAAUUAUUUGGUUAAAAGAAUCACUUUACAAUAAAAAUUUUAAAGUAUAACUUUUAAAAACCAGCAAUUUUCAUAAAGCUCUAGAGCAGUGCUAUCCAAGAGAAAUAUAACAUAAGGCACAUGAAAAAGUUAUUAAAAAUAAAUUUACAUUCUUUUUUUCACACUAACUCUUUGAAAUCUGGCAUGCUUUUUACAUUUACAGAAUCCCUCAAUUUGGACACUGUUUUCAUCAGUAAUAUUUGAUGUAUUUAGAGUUCAUAAAAUUUACAAGUAAAACGUAGAUUCAACAACCUAAGUUGUCUAAACACACUUAAAAGUUUUCCAAUAACGAAACAACUGUAAAUUUUUAAACUUAAAAUUAAUUAAAGUUAAAAAUUC